AAAAUGAAAUUUGCAUGUAAUUUAUGUCCUGGAGAUCAUCCCAGACUAUUUAAAAACUGCAGACUUUUACUGGUGUAAUUGGACUGUUUUUCGGCGUUGGAGGCAUAAAAUUCUGCACAAGAUGUUUGACAACGUGAUGUCCGUUGUCGUUAUGGUCAUUUUUAUUGGAAUUGCAGCAUCUCAGGACGUUCAAACUGCUUGUAGAGGUGAAGCAGACAUCGCAUUCCUGAUUGAUUCUUCUGAUAGUUUGGGACAAGAACAAUUCACGACAGAAAUGCGGUUUGUGAAAGAGAUGGUCAAUGGCUUUGAUGUAGGCCCUGAGUAUGUUAGAGUGGCGCUUGUAACAUUUUCCUCUUCCUCUUCUCUGCAAUUUAAUUUGAAAAGAUAUGGGAAAAAAGGGGAUGUUCUUAAAGCUGUCGAUAAGGUGAAGUAUAAGCCUGGCUCGACUUCCACCCAUUUGGCCCUUUCUCGAGCCAGGGUACAGGUCUUCAACUAUAAUGCUGGGGACAGACCUAACAUCACCAAUAUUGCUGUGCUGAUGACAGAUGGUGAAUCAUCAUACCCGGAUAGAACUCUGGUUGCAUCCAGACAACUAAAAAAGGAAGAUAACAUCGUUUAUGCCAUUGGAAUUGGCACACAUGUCAAUGUAGAUGAAUUAAGAGCUGCUGCAACAGAUGACAAAAAGGUUUUCGUUGUGAAAAAUUUUGAGGAACUGUUUGACAUUCGGAAUAACAUUUCAAGAUCUAUUUGUACAAGCGUCGUGACGGUUCCAGCUGCCCCGACAACUACCACUACGACAACCACAACCACAACCACCCCAAGACCUACCACCAUUACUACUACCACUACCCCAAGGACCACCACAACCAGGGCUCCAACAACCACAACCACCCCAACGACUACCACUCCUUACGUGCCUCCGGUUUCUGUGGAUAUCGAUAAGCACUGCGGCAAGUGUGUUGUCAAUGGUGGUCCUCUGACCGAAAAUGGAGCCCUUGGAUAUGUACUGAAUCCCUACAGCUGUACGUCCUAUUGGGUGUGUAUCAGACGUCCCGAGAGAGGCCCAGACGGCUGGAUGUAUGAUGUUAUUGAACGCAACUGCUCAAUCGGAACAGUGUGGGACCAAGACAUGCAAACAUGUGCCCGUUGUGACGAUCCAAGAGCAAUCUGCAAAGGUACCGCACCUAAGCCACCCAUGGGCACCCCGCACUGCCCAUUCCCCACCCAAAAGACGACUACACAGCCUGACUCACUCCCCGACUAUACAUUAGACCAGGAAUGCACAGACAACGCUGGCAAUACACUGGUGAAUGUUCUGGAAGACCCGGCAAUAUAUUAUAUUCGCUAUGGGCCAGAUAACGAAGUUGGACCAAUUUCCUGCUUCCCAUACAACUUUAGUAUCAGUGCCUGCAGAUGUGAAGCGCCAGACAACGUUGGUAUCAUCUUCCCAUACGAAGAAGAUUUUGCCUCAAUUGGCAAAACUGCGUAUUCUGAGGCCAGUGAGAUAGGAAAUGUAACACUGUGCUCAGACUACCUCUCUGAUGGUGUGACACGUGUAUCUGCAGUGGGAGAAUCUGCCGUGUGUCUGGAUGGAGAAGGUCACGUUGAAAUGCCGUCUUUCAAGAACAGUCCCCCUCAGACACCGUUCACCAUUCAUUUCUUCUACUGGCUUGAUAAUGACGUCGAUACGGCCGGCAGAAAGAUUGCUCUCCUCAACAACGGCAAAUGUGAUAUUCCACCAUCUAUUGACAUCUUUUAUUCUAAUGGCGCUAUUGGUGUCAGCAUGACAACAGUCAAUGGAACAUACCAAAUUGAUCCUGUAGGAGUGGAUAACGGAUCUCAGGGUCGUUGGGUUUGUGUGGUAAUGACAUACAACAGUAAGCGUAUGACGUUGUAUCUGGACGGUCAGCAAGUGCAGAGAGUCAAAGCAAGAGGACAAAUGAAACGCACCGAGGCUGCCUGGGUCCUGGGCAAUAAUUGUUUUGAAGAUGAGGCUAUGGACAAUUUUGGUUCCAACUUCAAGGGAAAAUUUGAUCAGGUUUCUGUGUACUACAGUGUCUUGACAGAUGACAGGAUUCGAGAAAUUUGCGCAAUCUAGACAUAUUUAUUUAAUAAGUCAUUGUGGUCAGGAUUGAUAUUUUACAUACAAAUUAGACUGCAAAUACGACAACAACAGAAGACCGGUUUUAGAUGUAUUUUACCUAGAUGACAGAUGAAAUUGGAGGAGGACACUCGUGCCAAUCUGGCCUCAUAAUAAGCAUGCCUUGCUUUGGCAUAUUAUAUCAAUGGUUGCAGAAAUUAAAAUAGUAAGAUCUUAUGUGUGCAACAUAGCACCAUGUUUCUUUCAAUUAAAACCGCUCGUAUUAUGUAUUGCAUUUUUACUGCCAUGAAUUAAAGCUAUUACAAAAUUCAAA